CCUGGGGCAAUUAGGAAUGGCGGGAGUUGAAGUCCAAAACCCCUGGAGAGAGGGAGGGCCGAAGUUUGCCCAGGCCUGAUGCACUUGCACCCAAGGCCUUGAGGCGCCUUCACUAGGCCCGUCCAUAGAGCAUCCUCUUCUCCCAGCCCCUCCUUCUAGCCCAGUGGGUCUACUUUCGCUUUCCCAUUCGCCUCAGGCAGGCCUCGUCUUUCUCCUUGGCGGCGCUCCGUGAGAAGCUACUUGAGAACAUACUGCAAGCCGCUUUGGGUGUGAGGGAAUUGACUGUCUACAGAGACGUCGCCUAGGGAACGCCUGGAUAUGUUACCUACUGUCCUGCUGGAAGGCUUCUCUCAUGUCCCCACAAGCUAAAGCUGACAGAUGGGAGCUCACCCCAUCUUGUGGAUUCAAACCAUCAACCUUCAGCCUGUGACCCAGCAAUGGAGACAGGAACAGGGAUGCUUCAGGACAUGCUUCUAGAUGCCUUAGAAGACCUUGGUGAAGAAGAAUUAAAAAGAUUUAAAUUCAAGCUGCAUACCACAACGGCUCCUGGAGAUAAGAACAUUCCCCUCGGACGACUGGAAAGAGCAGAUCGGGAGAAUUUGGUUGGACUUCUGGUUGAGUUUUAUGAGGAUAAGGCUGCUGUCCUGAUGGUGUCUGUUUUUGAAGACAUGGGUCUCAAGUAUAAUGCUUCCAAGCUCAGCAAGGCGAUUGGGAAGCGACUGGAAGGUUAUAAAAAGAAAUAUGCUGAGACUGUCAUGGAAGAAUAUCAACUGACAGAAGACCAGAACAGUCUGUUUGGUGAGAGCACCCCUUUGAAGGAUCGCUACAUAGAACUGCUUAUCAUCCGGAAGCAUCGGCCUCAAAAGCAUAGGGAACAUGAACUGUCUGCCACUGGCAGAUUGCACAUGGAGUUAUUGGAAAGCAACAGGUCUGAGUAUUCACCAACUGACAUUGAAAGCCUCUUUGAACCAGAUAAUUCCAGAAGAACCCCAAGAACUGUUGUAUUGCAAGGACCUGCAGGGAUUGGUAAAACAAUGACAGUGCAGAAGAUCAUGCUGGACUGGUCUUCCGGGGAGCUCUAUCCAGAUGUUUUUGACUAUGUGUUCUGCUUCCAUUGUAGAGAACUGAGGUUCAGGGAAGAGCCUCACAGCCUGGCUGACCUUCUUAUAGAGCAGUGCCAGGACAUGUAUGCCCCAGUGAAAAAAAUCUUAGCUCAGCCAGAAAAGCUACUCUUUAUUAUUGAUGGCUUUGAUGAGCUUCGUUCUUUUCAGGAUCCUGGAGGAGAUAAUUGCUGUGACGAUCCUUAUUCAAAGGUGUCUGUGGAAGUUGUUCUGAGCAGCUUGCUGAGGAAGACCCUCCUGCCAAAAUCCUACCUAUUGAUCACCACAAGGCCUGGUGCUGCAGAGAGACUGCAGGAGUGCUUGAAGUUUCCCAGGUUUGCUGAGAUCCUAGGAUUCUCAGAAAAGGGUCGCCGCAAAUACUUUUUAAAGUUUUUUGAAGAUGAGCGGAAAGCAAACAUAGCCUUGAGAUUCAUUGAAAAUACCAUUGCAGUAUCCACCAUCUGCUUCAUCCCAAUGGUGUGCUGGGUCAUAUGUUCUGUCAUUAAAGUUGAACUGGAAACUGAAGAUGAGAUUGCAGACACCUUGGACACCACGACAAAGGUCUUUAUGCAGUUUUCUCAUGGUCUCCUAAAGCAUGAUCCCAAGACACGGAUGAUCCCUUCUCUGAAGGAGUUCAGAAAACUCUGCUCCCUAGCAAGAGAUGGCAUCCUGGAACAGAAAAUCCUUUUUGAGGAGCAAGAUAUCAAGAAACAUGAUCUGGAUGCUUCUUCUCUGAAAGACCUAUUUCUAGAUAGAAGAACAUUCCACAAAGGGAUUGGCCGACACACCCUCUACAGUUUCCUGCACCUUUGCUUUCAGGAAUUUUUUGCAGCGAUGUGGUAUAUUCUACAAAAGGAAUCAACAGAAGAGCUAGACAACAAUAAGCUGGACCUGAAGAGACUUCUUGUUGAGUGUGAGAAGCCAGGCAAUGAGCAUUUAACAUUCACUGUGCACUUUAUCUUUGGCUUAAGCAGCGAAAAGGUGUGCACCUUCCUGGAGCAAAUGCUGGAGUGCAAGACAUCAUCGGACCUUGUAAAGCCUCUCUUACUGCAUAGAGCGGAAGAAGUGGCUGCUGAAGAUCCUCCACGAAAAGGCCAUCGACUGCUGAAGUUUUUCCACUGUCUGUUUGAGAUCCAGGAAACUGAAUUUGCAAGGCGCGUGAUGAAUCAUUUCCAGAUGAUUAACCUUUCUUUCAAGAUACUCUCUGUGUUGGAUUGCAGGGUUCUGGCUUUCUGCUUGCAGCACAGUGAAAUUAGGGACCACUCCAUUGACUUAACCUUUUGCAGGUUGACAUCUCAUCACAUGAGGGCUUUGGCCUCAGGAAUAAAGAACUGCACCACAUUAGAAUUUGGAAGCAACAGACUUGGAAACUCAGGAGUGAAAGUUCUGUGUGCCAUUCUGAAGGAAACAGGCUGUAAUAUGACUACUUUAGAUCUUGAUGAGAAUUUCCUCACAGAUGCUUGCAUCCAAGAACUCUGUGAUGUUCUGAGCACAAGCCACACACUGGAAACUCUAAGUCUUCAAGAAAACUCCUUCACAGAAGUAUCUGUGCCUUUCAUCCAGCACCUCAUAGAGACUUGCACCAGCCUAAAUUUUAUACGUUUGGCCAAUAAUAGUUUGGGUGACAAAGGCAGAAAACGCCUGAAGCAGCUAGAAAAAAAGCUAACUCGAUUAGAACGUAGUUUUUUGUUGUGGAUGUGAUGAGAUAUUUGCUCCUGUCUACGCUGGAUCAAAACCACAACAUAGCUUCAAGGCCACAAAUAUGGAAAGACUAACUUAAUGAGAAAGAUUGACAAACUGUGUGUUGCAACAUGUUAGUGUGUUGGCUGCAAUGUGUAGAUGUGUCACACAGAUGUAAAAGAGACCUCUGAGCCUAUAUGAAAUAAGAAAUAUUUUUAAAAAUAUAUAAAUGAAAGAUUAUCAUAAGAUACGUUAUGUCCUCAUACAUUCCGUUAUUACAGUUUAUGUACAUGUCUGUAACUCUUAUAAGCGGUUGUUUUAACGUCUGGUUUUCUAGUAAAACUCAAUUUCUGUGUUGUGAAAUUGAGUCACUACCAUGAAAUGUUUGGAAAACUGUAAGUUUAUGAAAAUUUGCAACCCUAAGCUUGUCUAUACCUGCUAAAAAAAAAACUGCAAUGGCCACUACUGGAUAUCUACAUAACAUCCAGGGACUUCCAGUUCUUAAUGCAGGGUAAACCAUGUUGAAUUAGUGUAUCCUAUGCUAAGGAAAACCAAGUAAUGCUCUGGAAUUUCAGCAGAACUUUACUUUAGCCAAAAUGUGGCUAGCAUGACGAAGUCUAAUACAUACUUGUCCACUGUCAACAUGGGCCUCCACCAAUCGGAUUAAGCUCAUGUUACUUUUGUUUCUGCCCAAUGGCAUGUAGACAUCUCUGGACUGGCCCUGAAAUAACUUCCCAGUGCAGACAAGCCCCAUAUUUAAUAUCUUUAAUUAAUUAAUUAAUUUAUCCUGUCAGAAGCAAAUUGAGAAUACAGUUAUAAUCUAUAAAAAAUCACAAACAUAGUUUAAAAUUUGGCGUUAUACUAAAUUUCCUUUGACCAGAAGCUGACCAUUUCGAGUGCCUCUGAUAUCACUGUAAGAAGAUCCUCCAUUGUGCCUGUGGCAGGGCUCAGACUGCAUUGUAGUAAGUGAUCUGUGGUUUGCUCUUUACACUCGCAUGUCGUGGACUCCACGUUGUAGCCCCGUUUCUUAAGACUAGCUCUGUAUGCCCAGGAGGGAGUUCCUCAGUCAGUAUCAGCCACUGAUUGAGGUUGUGGGAUUUUACUUGCCACCUUUGGACUCUUGCUUGUUGAGGUGUUCCUGCAAGCAUCUCUGUAGAUCUUAGAAAGCUAUUUCUUGAUUUAAGGCAUUGGCAUACUGGCUGAUACCCGAACAGAGGAUGGGCCGGAGAUGUCAAUGCCUUGGUCCUUUCAUUACUGGCUGCUACUUCCCGACGGAUAUCAGGUGGUGCAAUAUCGGCUGAACAGUAUAAUUUCUCCAGCUGUAUAGGGCGUAGACAUCCUGUGAUAAUGCAGAGCCACAUCCACUGUUUUAACAUGGUGAGAUGUAUUCCACACUGAUAAUUAUGUAUUCGGCAGCAGAGUAGCAAAUUGCAAGGGCAGAUGCCUUCACUGUGUCUGGUUGUGAUUCCCAGGUUGUGCCAGUCAGCUUUUGUAUGAUAUUAUUUCUAGCACCCACUUUUUGUUUUAUAAUCAAACAGUGCUUCUUGUAAGUUACAGCAUGGUCCAGAGUAAUUCCUGGGUAUUUUGGUGUGCUGCAAUGCUCUUGUGGGAUUCCUUCCCUGGUAAUCCUCAGAUCUUGAGAUGCUUGUCUGUUCUUAAGGUGAAAAGCACACGUCUGCAUUUUAGAUGGAUUAGGAAUCAUCUGGUUUUCCCUGUCAUAGGCACUAAGAGCACCUAAAGCUUCGGAGAGCUUCUGUUCAACCAUUUCAUAGCUCCCUGCUUGAGCAAUGAUGGCAGGAUCGUCAGUAUAGAUGAAACUCUCUGUCCCUUCUGGCAGUGGCUGGUCAUUUGUGCAAACAUUGGUGGAGCAAACAUGCUCCCCUGAAGCAGGCCGUUCUUCUGUUUCUGCCAUCUGUUUCUCUGACCCUGGAAUUCAACAAAAACCUCCUGUUUUUUAAUAGAUUUCCUAUGAAGCAGGUAAGAUGGUAAUGCUUUUUCAGGAGAAGGUGAUGAUUUGCACAGUAUCAUAAGCUGCUGACAGGUCUAUGAAGACAGCUCCUGUAAUCUGAUGCCUUUCAAAAUCGUCUAUGUGCUGAGUCAGGUUCAAUACUUGUGAUGUGAAGCUUUCCCCUUUCAUAAGAGUAACCUUACCGCAGGAUGGUAAUACAUCCGGACAUCCCCUUGGCAACGUCUUUGUAGACAGCUGAUUCUCUCACACCAGAAUUGACUUGAGGAUCUUUAAUUGAAUGCAGUACUUUGCCAGUUUCCAUUCCCAUCCCAAAGUUUGUUUAUUGACAAAGUUUGUUUUAAUUUUAUUUUGGACAUUACCCUGUUUUUCUUCAAUGGACCCAAGCCGGCUUACAAGAUCACUAAACAACUUCCUAACAUCAACCGUAUAAAUAAAAAGUAAUGGCAACCAUAUAUAAAUAAGACAUAAAAGCAGAAAAGCCUUAAAAUAGUAGAACUAUCAAAAUGGUAAAAUUGGAUUCAAUAGAAUACCUCUAAAAUUCCCAAGUAACUAUAAUAACAGGACUCAAUAAAAUCAAUUAAAGCUUUGUUAAACAGGAAGGUCUUUUUGCAGAGCUUUACAUUGAGGCACUAUGCACUAUGCUUUCCUGAACUAAUACUUUUGGAAAGUAAAGAAAGAUUAAAACUCAGCACUAUUGAAAAAUUGCAGAUCAAUAAAUCUCCAGAUCUAGUGGCAUCUUCCAGAAUGUUCCUUAAAUGCCCAUCUUUUAAAAAAGUUACAUAAUGUGAAAGUGUUUAGAAGAAUAACUUGUCAAUAAUAUAAUGGCUACGAUGCACCACAUUGCAAAUUGUUGGAGUCAUUCUAUGCCUUCAAGUUAUUUCUCUCUUAUAGGGACAUAUCACAGGGUUGUUCUGCCAAAUCUAGAUGAUCCAGGGCCCUUCCACAUAGCCAUACAACCCAGAAUAUCAAGGCAGAUAAUUCACAAUAUCUGCUUUGAACUGCAUUAUCUGAGUUCAUACUGCCAUAUAAUCCAGCUCAAUGUGGCUUUUAUAUAGUGGUGUUGAAGGGGCCUCCAAUAACCAGGGACUGCCACUUUCCUCCCCUACACCACUUGCAUCAACUUUGGCCUUGUAAGUAAAUUGCUAUGAGGUGAGUUAAUGCAAAAAAUUGGGCACACAGAAGAUGUAAGAUAAAAUGGCGUGAGUUGUGAUGUAAAAUCACUAUAGAGUUUUUGACCAAUUAUGCUGGACAUUGACUUUGUAAUGCCUCUGAUGAUGUCUUUGCACUAUUUUACUUACAAAAAUAAAUGUAACAGGGCAGUUGGGUGUUUCAUCAUUUUUUCACCCACAGGCCUGUUUUUUUUCUGUUUUUCUAUCAUUUUACUUAUUUUCCAAAAUGAAUUCUCUCUUGAGCUCAAGAAACAUCUGGUUGUUGCCUGCCGUGUUUUAAAACUGUAUCUUUAAGAUACUGGGGUGACAGGACCAGUCCUAUUAUGAAGCCGAGUGAGGCAUCCAUCAGGUAACAUACCUGGUAGAAGCCUUUCUUUCUGACCCUCACAUUCUGUCCUGGACCUCCUAAACUGGCCUGCUGAACUCAGAUGUGAUGCAGCAUUUAAGAUUCUACCAGCAUUUAAAUAAGAUUAAAUUGAUUGCCCAGUCAGUUUCUAUACAUAGAAUGGAGAGGAAGGAGGUGCUAUUUUCUCCUUUGUCUCAGGCAGCAAAAUGUCUUGAGUUGGCCCCUGAGCCCUAAUAUUCUUACCUUAUAAAUAGUGCUUACAGAAUAGCAUCCCCAUAAAAUGGUCCUAUUUUCAAAGUGUGAAAAUGGCUUUUAAGUAGAAGCAGAUGUGACAUUUCAUAUGUUCACUUUGGGAUUCUGGUUCCCAGAAACUAUUAAGUCAUGUUUAAAGGGAAAUAAAACAUUGAGAUGAAAUGAGCUUAUGGAAUGUUAUGAAAAUUUUCCUCAUGGGACUUAUAAACAGCUUGAGAUGCUAUUUUAUCAUGAGAGUCUGCAACCAAAAUAUGUGAGUCUUUGUUUUCCACUGAAGCAAUCAUAUUAGGUGCAAUGUUUCUGAGAGGAAGAGGUACCAUCAAUUGUUUAGUCUUCCUGGAAAAUGAAUUAGAGGCUUUGAAUACACAGGAAGUGGCCACUUGCUUUUAUUUGCUUUAUAAGAUUCCAGGGUCAGUCUCUCUCAGGUGGAAAAGAUAAAUAUCUGUCUGAAACCUUGAAGAGAUGCCAGAAAAGAGACCAGAUAGUUGUGGACUAGAUGAAUCCAUAGUAUCACUCAUCCUACAGCCAACUUUUACUGGUUUACAGCUCUGCACUUUAGUUUUCCCUCUUCUUCAGUUUGUCCUUAGUUUCAACACAUUCAUAAGUAAUUAAAUCAGUUAUUUAUCUUGUGAUUUCAGUAAUAGUGGUUGCUCAGAGGUAGAAGAUAAAGUGCUGAUCCCACCCAGUGUGGUAUCUUACUCUAAGAACCAUCUUGUGGUAAUCUAAUCUCAUUUCUUUAAGUGCUAACAGAAUCAAUGUAUCAGGAUUAACCACAGGUAUCACUGUAAUUGGGGUGUGGUAGCAGAGUAUUAAGACUGUUGCAUAUAAGUUUGUAAACGUCCUGUGCUGAUUUGACAAGGGUUGGAGCAGGGCCAUAGCCAGAAAAAAAAUUCGCACUGGGGGUGGGGUGGGGGGUGGGGGGGGUUGGGUUGAAACUUUUUUUAACGAAUCAUGAAGAGUAGUUCCAUAACGCAAAAUAAUUUAGAAAUCAGGCUCCAUUGAUAGUCUUCAGUGGACACUUAAGACAGAUAAACUUCAGUGGACACUCAUGAGGAUUUGGUUAACCAGUUUAAAUUCAUGAGUAAACCAGGUUUUUUUUUAAACCUGAAAAAUUUUGGGAGGGGGGCGUUGAACCCCUAGCUCUCCCCCCCCCCCCCUCGGCUACAGCCCUGGGUUGGAGGUUGAUGAAUGGAGACAGGAGAGAGAUUUGAGUUUGUACAUAAUGUGUUAGUAUUUGUACUAUUACUUCAACUUCAGAAAAAAAGCCUUCCGGCUGGAACCAACAA